AACAAGAAAAAAAAAAAACUUAACUAAAUUGAUAAGGAAUAAAAUUAGUUAAGUUAAUAAAUAAAUAGAUUAUUAAACCGCUUAAAUAUUACUUCGGCUAAAUAAGUGGGUUAAGAUGUGAACCUACUAAUUUUUUAAGACAUAUCGAACUUAUAAACCAUUAAAAAGAAUAUACAUUUCAAAUAUGAAAAACAAAAAGAAUAUGUCACACAUUCAAUGAUGCGUAUAGGAGAUUGUAUGAUAGUAUAUUCGAAGGGGAAAGGACAAGUAUUUUAAUUUUUUUUUUUCCCCGCAUCCUUCAGCAUAUCAUUUCAUUGGCAACUAAAAUAAAUCUAUAUUGAUGGUGUGGUACCCCAGCUAAAAAAAAAUAUCAAGAUAGAGGCCAGAUGUAACUUGCGUGGAGCAAAGUCUACACUGUCAGUUAGAUCAAUCGUGUUAAAAAAUCAAAUAGACUGUUUAGCAGGUAUGCGACUUGAAAGAUUAAAGAGGGCUAGAGCGUGGGUUAGGGACAGAUACGAAGGGGGAGUGUUGCUUCUCACUUUCACAGCAGCCAUUGAUACAUUGAGACCAACAAAAUGCUUUGAUGAUUCGAAUGACUGCAGAAAUGCAUCAACAUUCCAUCUUACAAUAUUAUAUGCAGCUCUAGCCCUAGCAUAUUUGGGAAACGGAGGAACUCGUUUCACCAUCGGAUCAAUGGGAGCAAACCAAUUCAAUAAGCCAAAUCAUCAAGCAAUUUUCUUCAAUUGGUAUACUUUCGCGCUCUACACGUCCAAUAUUAUUGGUAGCACAGUCCUUUUGUAUAUUGAGGACAAUGUUAGUUGGGUACUAGGGUUCGCCAUAUGUGGUGCUUUCAACAUCCUUGGACUGGGUAUUUUCUUGUCGGGCCAACGUUUCUAUCGCCAUAUUGAAGCACAACAGGAAAGCCCUUUCAUGGGUUUGGCUCGGGUCUUCGUUGCUGCUAUUAGGAAGCAUAGAGAACCAUUGUCAUUAGGAGGUGAAGAUUAUUACCAUGGCAUGAAACCACUGGAUAGUGCAACAAGAACUGACCUGAAAAAUCCUAGCAAAUUCUUCAGGUUCUUGAACCGUGCGGCUUUGAUCAGGGAAGGAGAUAAGAAACCGGACAGAGUCACUGCUGAGCCUUGGAAACUAUGUACAGUGCAACAAGUGGAAGAUCUCAAAAUCUUGAUAAAGCUUUUUCCAAUAUGGACUACUGGUUUGUUUCUAUACACCCCACUAGUCAUACAAUCCAGUUUAGCUGUCCUCCAGGCCCUGAAAAUGGACCGGCAUUUAGGAUCGAAUUUCAAAAUCCCAGCGGGUUCUGUCAUAGUCUUUACGUUGAUCGCCACAUGCAUAACAAUUACCUUCGCAGACCGAUUCAUAUUCCCGUUGUUGAAUAGAUGCAUCCGUACGUCUAUGACACCGCUCCAACGGGUCGGGAUAGGCCACGUGCUGACGGUUGUCAGCAUGGCCUUCUCCGCCCUGGUCGAGUCAAAGAGGAUAAAAUUGUCAAAAUCUCUGGUGCCAAUGUCAGUCUUCUGGCUGGCACCACAGCUAGCUAUUACAGGCAUCGGGCUAGCUUUUCAUUCUCCGGGAUACGUGGGAUUUUAUUACCAAGAAUUUCCAGGGUCGUUGAAAAGCACAUCUACGGCAAUGGUGGCGCUUUUUGUGGGUGCAGCAUUUUAUUUUGGGAAUGGGGUGAUGGAUUUGGUUCAAAGAGUGACAGGAUGGUUGCCGGAGAAUAUAGAUAAUGGUAGGUUGGAUUAUGUUUUCUGGGUGAUUUGUGUCUUAGGAGCUUUAGACUUUGUGUAUUACCUUGUAUGUACUUCGUUGUACGAGUAUAAAAAUGUUGACCAGGAACUGAAUGAUUCUAUCGACAAAAUAGAUAGAAACUAGCAUAAAUGAAUAGGCCUGGAUGCUAUGUAAAAUUCAACAAGCAAUGAUUCUCAAUUCAUAGCUCUUUAAGAUAAAAAAUAAAAUUGCUGACAGUGUACCACUAUUGAAAACAA